GUCCUCGAUCUGUCAAAAAUGUUUCUAUUCUUUCGAUGGCUUGUGUUGUUUGGAUAAAUUCAAAACAAUAAUGUAUUAUAUAUCAUAUAAUUCGUGAUUUCUUUUUGUUUAUAGUGAAGUUGAUAUCGUGUUUUUAUUGUGUUUAGUUUGUGUGUGUUUAUCAUGUAAAGAUUUUGCGUAUCCGUGGUGCUGUGCUGUUGAGACUUCGUUGCGCGAGUAGCUCAUAGAUCUUCCAGAUGCUGCCUUCUAUGCCUAUUCUGUUUACGAGAGACAGUCAGGAUGCUUUCGGGAACAAAAUUGAACCAAGUACAAGCUUUUUUAAUCCAAAUUCUUUCCCAAAACCCAUUAUCCAGCCAGAGCCACCACCCCCGGUGGUACCGCAGGAGGUUGUGAAAGUACCACAGAAGGAGCCCAAGAGCAAAACAAAUCCCAAGAAAAAAGUUGAUCCGCCUAAAAUUGAUGACAAUGCUUUAGAGACAGCGCUAGUGAGAUCCUACUAUACAAAAGUACAAUCAAGAUUUUCUUCCAACACAUCGGUGCCUACGAAUAAGUUUGUACAGUUCCAAAGUAUAUUGAAGUCGUUUGAUCCUACCAAGGAGACUCCUGUUGAUUUAUAUCGCAAAAUAGAGAAUGUAUUCGGUGAAGAACACAAGGAUAUUGUUGAAGAGUUUCUGUUAUUCCUGAAGCCGGGACAAGCAGCGGAGGUGGGACGGUUCAUGGACCAUUUCAUGUUAGUUCAAAUGACUGGUUUCAUAGAACUUCUGCAAAGCACAUUAUCCCGCAAGCCGACAGUCUUGCGGAAGGUUCUCCGCGCGAUUACGACCGGCAUCAACAGCGGCAGCAGUGAGGAGAUGCGCAAGCACGUACUUCCACACCUGCGGUCCAACCCGCGCCUUGCUACCAUGUUCAAGUCGCUGUUCCCUGAUGAACGACCGCCUGACAGUGCGUACGAGACGGGCGUAGACAUGAUAGAUGAGGGCUUCCUCACCAACGAUAAGGGCUAUGACGUGUGGGAGUUCGAGGAAGAGAGCGAUAACAAGAGGAAACUCGACGUCAAAGAGAGCCUGGAUACUGUGUACCUGCACGGGCGGGUGUUCCUGCAGCACGGGCGGCUGCUGCGAUCUGCGCGCGUCACCUACCCUUACAGCAAGGAGCCCUACCGGGUGCACGCGCGUCGCCUCGCCCCCACACACACUCUCCUCUCCCCGCCGGACUCCGACGACGAACGCUCCUCCCCCAAACGAAACGCGAAAAACACGCCCAAAAUCCCACCUAAAAAGGCCAAAAAAAUACUCAAAUCCCCCACCAAGAGUGUCAAAGAUGUGAACGAUAACACCAAGCAUAAAGACUGCGCUAACCUACUGAGCCCAAAAACUACCAAAAAGUCUCAAACUAACAGUAAAAGUAAGUGUAAAAAGGAGCCAGAGAACAAAAGCGAUAACUUGCAGAAGAGGGAGAGGAAAGACAGUAAGAGUCAGACGGUACAGAAGAAAGAUGAAGGGUCUAAAGCUAAGCAGCCGAAGAUUGAGACAGUGGUGAGUAUGAGCAUAGAGCCCAAGAAGGUCGAGAAGAAAGAGAGGAGUUGUAGUUGGACGAGGGAAGAAGACAAGACGAUGUUGCAAGUAUUGAAGGGUGAAGCGGGCUCGGAGCAAGUGUUCGGGCGCAUCAGAGAGCUGCUCCCGCACCGGUCCGCCUCCGAGAUCAAGGAGAGGUUCUGUCACGUCAUGACGUUGUUACAACAGAUGGCUGUUGGUGAAGUUACUUAGUUGUAAGAACUAUUUUUUUACUUCUAAGUAUUUCACCAACUUAAUUAUUAAUUAAGCGAAAAGUUAUUUAUAAUUUUGUAUAAAUAAAAAAAUAUUUUUGACUUGUA